UUUCAAAUCCAUCCAGCUUAGCUCUUUGGGUACUCAUAAUUGUGUAAGCACUUUUGGACACAAACUGACCCACCCAAAUAGUCCACAACUUUGACCAAUUGCCAUAGUUCACAUGACACAGUAAUAGUUAAUCAUGUAAAUUUUGUAAGAUUUUCCCAUAAGAUACAUAACAUAUGCACACCCCCAUAAGGAAAAUUAACCGCUAGUUGGCGGAAAUGUCUCUCCUUUGUAGUACUAUUGUUUUCCCACUCCUCGUUCUCCUCCUGCUGAGCCCUGUUAACGGCGUGGGCAUAAACUAUGGGACAAUUGGAAGCAAUUUGCCCUCACCAAAGAAAGUGGCUCAGCUACUUCAGUCCACCAUCAUUGACAAGGUUAAGAUUUAUGAUACCAACCCUCAAAUUCUUGAAGCCUUUUCCAACACUGCCAUUGACCUCAUUGUUGCUGUAGAAAACUCCCAUGUUUCAAACUUAAGCGCCACCCGAUCUGCUGCUGACGAGUGGUUCGCCGCUCGUAUCUUGCCCUUCAUUCCUGCCACUUCCAUUGUUGCCAUUGCCGUUGGAAAUGAGUAUUUAACCACUGAUAAUGAUGAUGAUAAACUAGACCAUAAUGCCUUGGUCCAAGCUAUGCAAAAUCUGCAUUCAGUUUUACUAGCACGUGGACUAGACCGAAAAAUCAAAGUGACUACACCACAUAGCAUGGCUGUUCUUGCUUCUUCAUUUCCACCUUCAUCUUCCACAUUUGCCACUACUCUCCUUCCUAUUAUGACUUCCAUUGUCGGGUUUUUGGCGGAUACCGGUGCUCCAUUCAUGGUUAAUGCGUACCCGUAUUUUGCAUACCGGGACAAUCCCGGUAUGGUCAAUUUAGAGUACGCAUUACUCGGAAAUGCAACCGGGGUACGUGACCCUAAAGGUUACGUGUACACCAACAUGUUAGAUGCACAAAUUGAUGCAAUUAGAUCAGCAGUAAAUGCACUCGGUUUUGGAAACCGGACAAUUAAGAUUAUGGUGUCUGAAUCUGGAUGGCCGUCUAAAGGAGAUAAAGGAGAAACCGCUGCAACCACUGAUAAUGCUAGGACUUAUAACACCCGACUAGUUGAACGUGCACAGUCAAAUAAAGGUACUCCCAUGAGCCCAAAAGACAACAUUGAUAUUUUUGUCUUUGCAUUAUUCAACGAAAACAAGAAACAAGGAGGAACAAGUGAGAGAAAUUUUGGGAUUUUCAAUGGUGAUGGAUCAAAGGUAUAUGAUGUGGAUUUGAGUUGUCAAUUCUGCAGCAGCAAUACUAAUGGCAAAAUCAGUUUUGGUUUCGGAGAAAAAGCGUCGUUAAGGGGACCUUCAGUUUGGUGUGUGGCUAAACCACAUGCAGAUGAGAAGGUAAUACAAGCAGUGCUGGAUUUUUGUUGUGGACCUGGAGGUGUAGAUUGUAGAGAAAUUUAUGAAAAUGGGGAUUGUUUUCAACCUGAUAAAAUUCAUGCUCAUGCUUCUUACGCGAUGAACACAUAUUACCAAAUGCAUGGAAGGAAUUACUGGAAUUGUGAUUUCAAAGGCACUGGCCUUGUUACCUUCAGUGAUCCAAGUUAUGGAAGAUGCUUCUAUUCGCAGCAGUGAUAAAGGAAUCAGAAAGGGGAAGGAGUGUGAGAUCAAUGUAAUUCAAAGUCUUUUCAAUCCAUUUUUACUGUUGGAUUAGGAGUAAUUAUUAAUGUUAUGUUUCUUUCAUGAAUUAGUAUCCCUAAUCAAAGGUUUUUUGUUACCAUCUGAUAAAGUUUUUUCUCUUUUGAUA